UGUAGGUGUGGAGCCCUCAUGGGCAGUGUUCUGGCCUUGGCUGGUGCGGGCCGUCAGAACUGGCCUUUCUCCUCGGACACACCCCAUCCCCAGUGGGACACACCCCUUCCUCACUGGGAUACGCCCCCUCGCUGGGAGAGGAGGGACGGACGCCUCCCCAACCCCGGGAGCUUCCAUGCCCUGCAUCACUCGUGCAAGGAUGUGUUCCCACAGCAGAUUGAGGGUGUAAAGAUGAUUGUCAACAAAACCCUCAGCAGCUUCUUCAAAGCCAGUCAUACCUUCCACCUCAGUGCAGUGAGUCCGUCUCAGUACCGCUUCCAUGUGGAGCACCGUCAGUCUGACAGCCACGGCAAAGAUACGGACUCCCCCGUGCUGAUCGGUGAGAUGGACUCCUCCGGCAGUCUGAAUGCUCAUUCGCUGCUGCAUCUUAGCGAACGAAUCAGGGCCAAGGCUGUGUUUCAGACCCAGCAGGCUCAGUUCAUGACGUGGCAGUUUGAGACGGAGUACAGAGGAAAUGACUUCACAGCUGCUGUUACCAUGGCGAACCCUGAUGUCCUACGGGAGUCAGUGAUCCUGGUUGCCCAUUUCCUCCAGAGUGUGUGUUCAGGGCUGGUGUUGGGAGGAGAGCUGGUCUACCACAGAGGAAGACAUGAAGAGGGAGGGAUUCUCACCCUGGCUGGACAGUACUCAGGUCCUAACUGGGUGGCGACACUGAAUGCUGGGAAAGGAGGAGCUCACGCCAGCUACUACCAUAGAGCUAACAAACAGAUCCAGGUGGGGGUAGAGUUUGAGGCCAGUACGAGGACCCAGGAGACGACAGCCUCCUUCGGGUACCAGAUGGAACUGCCAGAGGCUAACAUGGUUUUCAGAGGCAUGGUUAACAGUAGGUGUAUAAUUGGAGGAGUACUGGAGAAGAGUCUGUCUCCUCUCCCUGCUACACUGCUGAUGGGAGCCUUCGUUAAUCACCGUGGUGACAAACUGCAGGUGGGGCUGGGAAUCAAUGUGGGCUAGACUACAACACCCACAGCCCUCUACAGAAGGGACUCCCUCACAUGCCCCUCCCCUAGCCCUGUGGCCUUGUGGGAAACGGCGUUCCUGUUUUUGGAGGAAGAAAAUGGUGCAGCAAGAAGUUCUCCCCUAGCGAUCACAUGGCAUCUGUUACAUCACUUCCUGUUGAAAAACCUGAACUGGACGGACUCACGAGAUGUCAGCUCCACACAUAGAGAGCGAUAGACGACUCAUUUUAUUAUCUGUGACAUUCUAUCAUCUGACACAGCAUGGGCAUUUUGAAGUAGUACAUUCUCUUCUUAAACGAUUGGCUGAUCCCUCCUGAUGACCCAGUUAAACAUGGCUCCAAUAGGUUCAUCAGGAGGGAUCAGCCAAUAAAGUUGGAAGUCGCACCCAGUUGACUACAUUAAAAUGGUGGAAUCCAUCAAUGGCGCUGGCCAUGCUAAUACGACCUUUUGGCCACUAGAGGUCUCUAUCAUUCUCUAUGACUCCCCCAUACCUCAUAAUGCAUAAUGGACAGCUCAUAGUAAUGGCUGGAAUCAAACCAUGUGUUUGAUGUAUUUGGUUCCAUUCCAAUGAUUCCGCUCCAGCCAUUACCACGAACCCGUCCUCCCCAAGUAAGGUACCACCAACCUCCUGUGCUCACCUCCCAUCCUCCAUAAUGCACCUCACCUCCCAUCCCCCAUAAUGCAUCUCACCUCCCCCAUAAUUCACCUCACAUCCCCCAUAAUGCACCUCACUUCCCAUCCCCCACAAUGCACCUCACCACCCAUCCCCCAUAAUGCACUUCACCCUCCAUCACCCACAAUGCACCUCACCUCCAAUCCACCAUAAGGCACCUCACCCUUCAUCAUCCAUAAUGCACCUCACCUCCCAUCCCCCAUAAUGUAUCUCACACUCCAUCACCCAUAAUGCACCUCCCUUCCCACAUAACGUACUCUAUGUAUACUAUAUAUUGUAAUAUCAUAAUGUAUUUGUACUCUAUGUGGGACCCUCUAGAGAUAAAACAGAUGUUGAGACUGUGGGGCCCUCUAGAGAUAACGGCCAGACAGAAUGAUCUCUAGAGAUAACGGCCAGACAGAAAGAUCUCUGGAGAUAACGGCCAGACAGAAUGAUCUCUAGAGAUAACGGCCAGGCAGAAUGAUCUCUGGAGAUAACGGCCAGGCAGAAUGAUCUCUAGAGAUAACGGCCAGACAGAAUGAUCUCUAGAGAUAACGGCCAGACAGAAUGAUCUCUAGAGAUAACGGCCAGACAUAAUGAUCUCUAGAGAUAACGGCCAGACAGAAUGAUCUCUGGAGAUAACGGCCAGACAGAAUGAUCUCUAGAGAUAACGGCCAGACAGAAUGAUCUCUGGAGAUAACGGCCAGACAGAAUGAUCUCUAGAGAUAACGGCCAGACAGAAUGAUCUCUAGAGAUAACGGCCAGACAGAAUGAUCUCUAGAGAUAACGGCCAGACAGAAUGAUCUCUAGAGAUAACGGCCAGACAGAAUGAUCUCUAGAGAUAACGGCCAGACAGAAUGAUCUCUAGAGAUAACGGCCAGACAGAAUGAUCUCUAGAGAUAACGGCCAGACAGAAUGAUCUCAACCUCCACAAGCCCAGGAGCAGGUGAUAUUAUUAUAUUAUACACUGAAUUGACCAAAUAUUAAGAACACCUUCCUAAUAUUGAGUUGCUCACCUCCCAUCCUCCAUAAUGCACCUCACCUCCCAUCCCCCAUAAUGCAUCUCACCUCCCCCAUAAUUCACCUCACAUCCCCCAUAAUGCACCUCACUUCCCAUCCCCCACAAUGCACCUCACCACCCAUCCCCCAUAAUGCACUUCACCCUCCAUCACCCACAAUGCACCUCACCUCCAAUCCACCAUAAGGCACCUCACCCUUCAUCAUCCAUAAUGCACCUCACCUCCCAUCCCCCAUAAUGUAUCUCACACUCCAUCACCCAUAAUGCACCUCCCUUCCCACAUAACGUACUCUAUGUAUACUAUAUAUUGUAAUAUCAUAAUGUAUUUGUACUCUAUGUGGGACCCUCUAGAGAUAAAACAGAUGUUGAGACUGUGGGGCCCUCUAGAGAUAACGGCCAGACAGAAUGAUCUCUAGAGAUAACGGCCAGACAGAAAGAUCUCUGGAGAUAACGGCCAGACAGAAUGAUCUCUAGAGAUAACGGCCAGGCAGAAUGAUCUCUGGAGAUAACGGCCAGACAGAAUGAUCUCUAGAGAUAACGGCCAGACAGAAUGAUCUCUAGAGAUAACGGCCAGACAGAAUGAUCUCUAGAGAUAACGGCCAGACAGAAUGAUCUCUGGAGAUAACGGCCAGACAGAAUGAUCUCAACCUCCACAAGCCCAGGAGCAGGUGAUAUUAUUAUAUUAUACACUGAAUUGACCAAAUAUUAAGAACACCUUCCUAAUAUUGAGUUGCACCCCCUAUCCCCGCCUUUUGACCUCAUAAGAGCCUCAAUUCGUUGGGGCAUGGACUUAAGGUGGCAAAAGCGUUCCAAUGGAUGCUGGCCAAUGUUGACUCAAAUAAUUCCCAGUUAUGUCAGGUUGGCUGGAUAUCCUUUGGGUAGUGGACCAUUCUUGAUACACACGGGAAACUGUUGAGCUUUAAAAACCCAGCAUCUUAGCAAUUCUUGAAACAAAUCGGAACUUAAAUAUUUUGUCUUGCCCAUUCACCCUCUGAAUGUCUCAGUUGACUCAAGGCUUAAAAAUCCUCCUUUAACCUGUC